AUGCCUACAACAAAGCCCAAGCUGGAGAAACUCUCCACGCCUGUCACGGCGACAUUCCCCUCAGAAAUUACGUCUGCGUCCACGGCCACUCCUCUUUCUGCUUUGAACUUCCAUUGCAAGCCAGACCCGGAUUUUAUCAAGACGCCUAUCAGUCCACCAUCCGCCUACACGGACUUCUUAUCGAAAGCAAUGGCAUUGAACUCGCCGUCCUUGACGUCCGGAGACUCUAGCCCCGAUUCAACCAAAAGCAACCCAGAAACUGGAGGGGCUCAUCGUGCCUCCAAAGACGAAAGAUCUUCACCUUCCUCUACGGUUAGCAGCAAACCGUCCCCUCCUGCUACUGCACCGGCGGUACCACCCAGCCCAUUCCCGACCUCCGCCCCGAUGUCUGCUCCGCCUACGGGUGCGGUUUCAUUCCCGAGCCUGAAAUUACCUCCCAGCCCAGCCAUAUCCAGUAUCGACUCGCCUCUGAGCGCAAGUACGCUUCGUUCGCCGUUUAGCGCGAGAUCUGUUCACUCCGUCUUCGACUGGGAUGCAGCAUUGAAAGCCAGGUUUUCGGACAAAAAACAGAAAUCUUCGCGCACCAGUGUUCGACAUAUCCGGGAAGUUGUCACUCGAACUGUCACUUAUACUCCUCGCAUGGAUCCCGCGCCUAGAGGCAAGAGACGGAAGGUGGAAUGA